AUGGGAAACAAACAUUCUAAUAGAAAGAAACUUUAUGAAUCCGAUGAAAAAGACAUAGAAUCAACGAGUGAUCGAAUGAAUUUAGGGCAAAACGUUAUGAGAGAGAUAUGGCAAGGGAAUUUCUCAUCACCAAUUGAUGAUGUUUUAAAAAAGGGAGCGCGGGUUCUGGAUCAUGAUAUUUUGAAAGGAUUACCAUUUGAAGAUAACUCGUUUGAUUUCGUACGCGCACAGAUGUUGACAUUCGAUAUCGCAGAAUCUGAUUGGAAAAACAUUGUAUAUAAAGAAUUUUGCCGUGUUUUAAAGCCUGGUGGUUGGUUAGAAAUGGUUGAACUAGAAUUGACAUGGUAUAAUCCUGGGCCUCUCACAACUCAACUUUAUAAUUCUGGCAUUGACCCUUUGUUAACAAAGCGACAUAAAGAAUUAAUGUUAUCAAUGCCAAAUUUAACUCUUGUACAACAAGAAGAGAGAAUUUAUCCUCUUGGCUCAUGGGCAGGUAAAAUUGGAAUAUUAGCAGAAACAUUCAUAAACGACUCUUGUCGAAACGUUUUAUCAUGGGCCUUUCCUAAAAAGGAUAUUGAAAAAACGUUAAAUAAAAUGAGUGCGGAAAGCGAAACGUAUAGGUCCUAUCUUAUAACUUUUAGACUUUUCGCGAAAAAGACAUAA